ACACACUAUCACUGAUGAUCCUUGCCUGUGUCUCUAUCACGCGUGAUGGGGACUGGUCGGCCUCGAACGGUAUCAUCUACGGCGUCUACGUCGGCCUCAUCCUCAUCCAUGCCCUCUGCGCUAUCUUUACCAACCAGAUUAUGCCCAAGAUCCAAAACUUCUGCAUCUUCAUCAAUAUCGCCAUCAUCGUCGCGACCGUUGUCGCUCUUCCUGUCGGCAAGGUCACACGCGGCGGAUCGCUCAAUUCGGGAUCAUUUGUCUAUGGCCACGUCGAUAAUCUUACCACUUGGCCGACCGGGUGGACGUUUGUCCUCUCCUUCUUGGCCCCUAUCUGGUCCAUUGGGUUCUUUGAUUCAUGUGUACAUAUGAGCGAGGAGGCACUGCACGCUGCGAAGGCCGUCCCCUUAGGAAUCAUCUGGUCCGCGGGCUGUGCGUGUGUGUUGGGCUUCCUGGUUCUAUCGAUCAUCGCAGCCUGUAUGAAUCCCGACGUCAGCGCGACAUUGAGUUCGGUUUAUGGCCAACCGAUGGCACAGGUAGGGCUUCGCAUAUUGUCCCCAUUUCAUUCGCAUGGACGUGACUCACGGAAUCAACAGAUUUACUUUGACGCACUGGGCAAGCGAGGUGCUCUUGGCUUCAUGGGCGUGCUGAUCGUCAUUCAAUUCCUCAUCGGUCUCAGUCUGAUCGUCGCCGCCUCCCGCCAGGCCUGGGCCUUCUCCCGCGACGGAGCCCUCCCCUUCUCAAGUUACUUCCGCCAUGUCAGCAAGCGCGUCCGCUACCAGCCCGUGCGUGCCAUCUGUGGCCUGGUCGUCAUAUCCAUCAUCUUCGGCCUACUGUGCCUAAUCAAUUCGGUCGCCGCGAACGCGCUCUUCUCCUUAUUCGUUGCUUCUAACUACGUCGCCUGGGGCAUACCCAUCCUCUGCCGAUUGAUCUGGGGCAAGGCGCGCUUCCGACCGGGAGAAUUCUACACCGGUGUACUCAGUCGUCCCAUUGCGACCGUUGCUGUCGUUUGGUUGGUCUUCGGAUUAAUCCUGUCCAUGUUCCCUAGCACGGGACCAAAUCCGAGUGCCAAGGAUAUGAACUAUACAAUUGUCAUCAACGGCUUCGUCUGGAUCGCCUCGAUGACAUACUACGUCCUUUUCGCGAGAAAAUGGUACACAGGCCCAAAGAUGACGAUCGACGCGCCCCCAAGCACAACCGAUUCCGCCGCAUCGGGGGAUGAAAUGAAAGAGGAGAAACGAAAUGAGUAGCCGCAGAGUCGGGUCGGGGGUGUCCCUAUUUGCUUCUUGUACAUUGUGCCGCUAGAUUAGCACUCGGCGAUAUUAGAAUCUUCCCCACGGUUUUUUAAUGCAAUACUUCAUUACCCCGUAUGGGUCGGCGCUCCAGAUAUCGAGAACAAAGACGGAGCUUGUUAAUACA